UUGCGUAAAGCAGAAGUGCUGCUGCGGAUGUGGGCAGCAUAUGUACCGUCCUCCUCGCUGCACCAGCGGUGCUGCAAACUCGCCCAGGCCCGGUGAGCCCGAGCCAUGAACCCGGAGGAGCAGACCGUAACGUGGCUCAUAUCUUUAGGAGUUCUCAAUUCUCCAAAGAAGAACAUCGCAGACCCGGAGAGCUUCUUGAAAGCUUCUCUGCGAGAUGGGGUCGUGUUGUGCAAGCUUAUGGAGCGGCUGGUACCGGGAUCCAUUCAGAAGUACUGCCCGGACCCCAAAUGCGAAGCGGACUGUAUAGCGAACAUCAGGUGGUUUCUGAAAGGAUGCCACUCUUUAAAGGUUGAGGGCUUUGAACCGGAGAGUUUAUAUUCUGGGGAGAAUUUCAGCAAGGUUCUUUCUACAUUGACUGCUGUAAACUUCGCCACUCAAGAUCGCAUCAGUGAUCGGUCAUGUCCACCAUCCAGCUCCUCAGCUCCUAACCUAUCACUCUCCACAUCAUCCACCUUAAAGUCCAAUAAGUCCUUUCGGCGACAAUCAAAAGGAGUGGAGAUGUCUGAGAAUGGAGGGGGAAGCCAGCUGAUGGUAAAGGCAAGGUUUAACUUCAAGCAGAACAACGAGGAUGAGCUGUCCUUCAACAAGGGCGAGCUCAUCCACGUCACCCGCCAGGAGGAGGGCGGCUGGUGGGAGGGGAACCUCAACGGCAAGACCGGCUGGUUCCCCAGUAACUACGUCCGGGAGGUCAAGCCAUGUGAUAAACCGAUUUCUCCAAAAGCUGUGAAAGGGUUUGACGUUCCUCAGCUGACCAAAAACUACUACAGUGUGGUGGUGCAGGACAUCCUGGAGCAUGAGCGUGAGUUUGUGAAGGAGCUUCAGACUGUGCUCACCUGCUACCUGCGCCCUCUACAGGCGAGCGACAAGCUCUCCAGUGCAGACAGCAGUAGCCUUUGUGGAAACUUGGAGGAAAUACUCACUUUCCAGCAGGGUCUCUGUGUGGCUUUGGAGGAAUGCGCCAAGAUGCCGGAGGGUCAGCAGCGUCUGGGCGGCUGUUACUUGAACCUGAUGUGCCAGAUCAGAACGCUGUACCUGUCCUACUGCUCCAGCCAUCCGUCUGCAGUGGGUGUGCUCACUGACCACAGUGAGGAGUUGGAUAAGUUCAUGGAAAGCCAGGGGGCCAGCGCUCCAGGAAUUCUGACUCUGACCACCAGCCUGAGCAAGCCCUUCAUGAGGCUGGAGAAGUAUCCCACGCUGCUGCAGGAGCUGGAGAGACACGUGGAAGAAGCCCAUCCAGAUUACAGCGACAUCCUGAAAGCAACCAUUGCUUUUAAAAGUCUUGUGACGCAGUCGCAGGAGCUGCGCAAACGGAAGAACCUGGAGCUGCAGAUCCUGUCAGAGCCGGUGCGGAGCUGGGAGGGGGACGGCAUCAAGUCCCUGGGGCAGGUGGCCUACAUGUCUCAGGUCCAUGUGCAGAGCACCACGAGUGAGGAGAAGGAGGAACGCUACUUCAUGCUGUUUCCCAAUGUGUUAAUCAUGAUAUCUGCCAGCCCACGAAUGAGUGGCUUUAUCUACCAGGGACGGCUCCCGCUCUCAGGGACCACAGUGACCAAGCUGAUGGAGGACGCAGAGUUGGGUCAUUUUGCUUUUGAGAUUGCAGGAGGCAUGAUCGACCGCAUCACAGUCUUCUGCAAUAAUUCCCAUGAUCUGCAGGAAUGGCUGGAGCAUUUACACGCUAAAUGUGGAAGUCCUGUUGGAACCAGUAUUAAGAAUAUCGAAGGCAAGUCUUUGAGUGUCAUCAGCACCCCGACGCACCAGAGCCACUUGCAAGGCUUCAGCACAGCCAUGGGCAACCGAGGCCCUCUGGAGCCCCCCAAGAGCACCAAGCCGUGGUCCCUGAGCUGCCUGAGACCAGCUCCCCCACUCAAGCCCUCCGCUGCUCUGGGCUAUAAAGAGAGGAUGUCUUAUAUCAUGAAGGAUACCAGCAAAAGUCCUAAACCCAUGAAGAAAUUCCUGCCAAAGAGAAAGACGGAGAGAAAACCCUCGGAUGACGAUUUCUUGCUGAGAAAAAGUACCGCAGCUCUGGAGGAAGACGCCCAGAUUCUGAAGGUGAUCGAGGCCUACUGCACUGGAGCCAGCCUGCACCAGACCACAACAGCUGUCCGGAAGGAGGGAGUCCCUCAGGUCCUGUUACCAGAAGAGGAGAAGAUCAUCGUGGAAGAGAUGAAGAGUAACGGUCAGACCAUCAUCGAGGAGAAAAGCCUUGUUGAUGCUGUUUACGCAUUAAAAGAUGAGGUCCAUGAGUUAAAGAAGGAGAAUAAGUGGAUGAAGCAGUGUCUGGAGGAAGAGCAGAAAUCCCGUAAAGAGCUGGAGCGUGUGGUCAGGAAGCUGGCUAAACAGAAGAACGACUGCGCGUGGGAAGAUUGAGGCCAUUAAGUAACAUUUCUGAGUGUUCUCUAUGAGCGCGUGUGUGUGAGCGUGUGUGUGAGCGUGUGUGUGAGCGUGUGUGUGAGCGUGUGUGUGAGCGUGUGUGUGGGUUGCUGGAUUUGCGUGUUGCGCUGAACGCUGCAUUGUGAAAGUCACCCUGUCUUGUAAAAAGUGUUUUUUUUUAAGAAGAAAGAAAGGCUGUUUGAGGAUUUCGUGCUCUGGUUGGCUCUGACUGCGUUCAGUACGAGGUUUUUACCGUGCUGAAGAGGGUCGUGCAGUGUGCAGUCAGUUCCUGUGAUGUGUGCAGUGAUGCAACGCUGCAAAAUCGUGGCUAAAGCAUGUUUGUGAUAAAGAUGUGGUGGUGAUGGCGGCGGCGGGGGUGGUGGUUCAGAACCUCACGUGACUCGGGAAGCACUGUACUGGACUGUUCACUGUUCUGAACUGGACUCUUUCACACCACAAAAGCCCAUUAUGUGGAAUUGCUGGGACAGAAAACGAUCAAAUUUAGUUUUAAUUUAGCUUUUUACCUUCAGAUUUUUUUUUUUUCGACAUCCUUUGGGAUUGAAAAGUGCAAUGGAGGACACUCACCGAACCAGAGACCUGAACUUAUUCAGCCCAUGAACAACAUCUGGAUCUACAGCUGGAGAUUCAUUCACUGGUUUCAUUAUAAAGCAGAUAAUCACGUGUGUGAGCUCCAGUUAUGGCCAUAUACCUUCAUAUAUGUGAUUUAAUAUAAUGUACCUAAUAUGAAGCCCUGGCAGACACUUCCACACCAUAAGGACUUUUAUAACUGUGUCCUUUUGUAUGUAUUUAAGGUACUGUAUUAGGCCUGUCAUGAUAAUAUUGCAAUAUUAAACAAUAUUAUAGUCAUUUUAUGAGUGUUUAUGGCACUGAUAUAAUCAUAAUACAGUAGAAUAAAAAUGCAUUUACACAUUAUCUUCAAAGAGCAAUAUUCAGAAAUUGGCUUUAGAAUAUAAUAAAAGUUUAAAUAAAACAAAAAAAAACUAAAAUUGAAUUAAAACUCUGUUCUAAAACAGCAGUGUUGUCCAUAUAUUGCACAAUAAAUUGGUAACGUAAUUAUUGUGACAGGCCUUUUACUGUGUUACUUGUAUUUCUGUUACUGUAUUAGGCCUGUCAUGACAAAGUUAUCAUAUAUAAAUUGGUGCAAUACUAAACUAUAUUAUUGUCAACAUUUUAUGCCACUGAUAACGAUAAUGAUAACACAAUAAUAUUACAGUGCAUUUACACAUACUUAUAAAGAGCUAUACAAGUUUUAUAAGUAAUAAUGUUGAAGGAAUUGGAAUUAAUAAACAACAAAUGUAUAAAUAAAAUGAAAUAGAAAAAAAAAAAAUACAUAUAAAACCACUGUUUUAAAACAAAGUCACCGUACAGACUCCUUAAUAUUAAUUGGCUUCUUAUCAGGCCAAGUACAGUUAUGCCCAUAUAUUGUACGAUAUAUUGUACGCAUAAUUAUCGUGACAGGCCUAUUACUAAAACAUAUAAACUAAAGGAGAAAAAUCCAUUUAACUGUAGAAGCAUUUUUAUGCUCAGUAAUAUGAGGAUGAUGAUAUAGGAUGAUUUCUGUUGCACAUCAAAGACAUGAGAUGCCCUGGAUGCCAUCUUGAAAUUAACUUUUUAUUUUAAUUAUUGAUUUUGAAUUAUUUUAUACUAUUUUUCUUAGCUCCAAGCUGAACUAUGAACAAUAUCAGUGACUCAUUGUAGCUCAUACUAUAUUCUGUAGAGUUUUGGAAAAUAUUCCUUUAAACUGUGUGUCUGUUUUCAGUCUACGAUCUACUGUACAGUGUUUCUAUACCGCUCUUCCUAAUAGCUAAUCUUAUCUUGUCUCUGGUAGUUGUUGUCAGGCUAAUGCUAAUGCUAUCAGGGAUGCAGUAGUGCUAGAAAUAUCAUAGCAAGGUUGAAAUAUAUUAUUAAUAUACAGCAUAUAAUGUAUGUAUAUCAUAUAUACUUGUAUAUACAGUAUAUUAUGGCUAAUAUGUCCAAGGAUAACCACAUAAGCUUUCAUACUGAGAUAAUAUACAGGUAAUAUACAGCAGUUAAUUAUCUCCUCCUUAUUCUGAGGUUUAAAAAAUAAGGAAAGUAUUUAUUUUAUCAUCCGAAAAGUAGUCGUGUUAAGAACGUAUAUUUGGUACUUAGGUCCUUUUGAGGACUUUACUGUUUCUGCAGGUUUCUGCCUUAUACGUUAAGGCCUGAUUUUGGCAGUAAAAUUAGAAGUAAGCCUCCUUCAUUAAGAUCAAAGGAAUAAUCUGGUAUUUAUCAAUCUUAACCGGGCAUCUGUAGCAUGCAGAGAGCUGACAUGAAUCAUUUUUAAACUAAAAGUAGAGUUGUGGAUUCUGAGGGCGCUGAAUAGCAAAAAAAAAUUCAAGAUAAUCAAUCACAAUAAGAUUCCAAUCAGAUUUAUGCAGUUAUCUGAUCUGUCGAGGUUCUUGUAUUAAAUUUAGAACUUAAAAUCUGAUAAAGAGCGUUAGGAAAGCGUUAAGCUUAGGAAAUUUUAAGAUAGAUAGAGAGAUAGAGAGAUAGAUAGAUACUUUAUUUAUCCCGAAGGAAAUUUAGGAUAAAGCACAUGUAUUCUCUGAUUUCUUUCAAUUUCGUAGGUCUGCACAUAAGACAGACAAUUUUUUAACAGCUGUCAGAAUAGUAGUAGUAAAAGAUCCAUGUUUUCCUGUAAAAUGGGUCAAUAUGUUUUUGAGAUUUUUGACCGUUUAUAGAGUACAAAUCUUAUUAUUAUCUGAUUAGCCUAGUGCAUUGAUCAGAUUUUUGAUCAGAAUCUGAUUUUUUUGCAGUUAUUGCAGUAUAAAGUAUGUGUAAACCAACAAAUGCUCUCAUUGUUUAACUUUAUAUUUUAGCAAUUAAAAUAAUGUAUACUCUAGUAGCCCUAGUAACACAAAAUGAAUCAGCAUAGCUCUAGGCCUAAUUUUGCUUUUUUUUUACUUGAAUGUCAUUCCACUUUUUUGCCCAUCUUAAAAUUAAUGUGGAAACCAGUGGAUAAAUUUGCCAAGAUUUUUCUUUAUACAAUUACUGAGAACACAAUUGUUGUUCAUGCUACAGAUGCACCAGAUAGAGAUUUUGUUGAAAAAUAUUUCUGGAAUAUUCCUGCUGAUGAUUGUAAUGAAAAUACAAGUUUUUAUCCCUGAGAGUGAUAACAGAACGUUGAGGCUGAGCUUUCAGAAAGGUACGCCCAUCUUAGUAAUAAUUAGUGUAAAAUAUAUAUAUAUUUAUGUCGUACUUCUUUACCGGUACACUGUCACUGGCCUGCAUCUGCUUUUUAUGCUUUUAACUAUCGUCUGAUCUUCUUGCAUAUAACCUAUAACCUGGUCAGGUAUGAAGAUUAGUAAUUACAGUGUACGUUCUUAUGACACUCCUAGCUUUAUCUGAAUGGAGCGUUAUGAUGCAAAAAAAAAAUACAAAUCCUGAAUCACUGUUGCUAUUUAAGUAUAAGGAAUUUGGGCUGUGCGUUGGCUCAUCAUUAGGAGGCUGCAGGUUCAGUCCCUGAUGCUGUUCAACUGAUACAUAGCUUUUUCUGCGGCCUGUGUCCUUUCUCUCCAUUCCUUUCUGCUCAUUUCCUACCUUUCCACAAGUACAGGAGCACAAGAAAUGGGGUGAAUUAGCAGUACGUGUGAACAUGGGUCAACUGAUCCACUUUAUCAUUAUUAAGUCAUUCAAUUUAAUGUUGAUAGUUAAUAAACUCAGCUGAUCACAAUGUUCUUUUAAAAGCUUCUGGUAGUUAGCCAUCAAUUCCCAUUCUUAUAGGGUUUCGAAGCAUAGCUGGCUCACUCUUUUUGGAUUGGUGGAAUGGCCCGCUAAUAUAACAGAAUUGGAAAUGAGUGUUCUCCUGCAAGCGUGUUGAGCUUUGUCCAGUGAUUGUGCAUUAGCAGCAGUUUUUAAUAGAGGAAGCCGUUACCAGAUACCCAUUUAGAAAUGAACUGUACAAAAUUCUGGGUACAAAAUCACAAACAGGCUGCUCAUUAUACAGUAUAUUGCCAAAAGCUUUCAAAUGCAGGUAUUUUAAUCACUUCCAUGGCCACAAGUGUGUCAAACUGUGCAGACUGCUUCUACAAAAAAUGGGUCUCAGGCUCUCAAGAGCUCAGUGAACUCCAGCACUGUGGUACAUUGAUAGGAUGCAGCACCUGUGCAACAAGUCCAAUCGUGAAAUUUCUCUGCUCACUACUAAAUAUUCCACAGCCAACUGUCAGUGAUAUUAUAACAGUGGAAGCGACAGGGAACGACAGCGACUCUGUACUCUGUCAUUGUAAAAUAACAGAGCGGAGAACCAACUUUCUGCAGAGUCACUACAUCACUACACACCUCCAAACUUCAUGUAGCUUCAGAUUAGAUCAUCAACAGUAGAGCAUUGUGUUUCUAUAGCCCUGUCCGGACAGGAUUAGUUUCUUAGGAGGACAUCUGUGGGGGGAAAAAAAACUUCACACUUCUACUCAGUAAUUAAAGUCUUGCAUCCGGACUGCAGUUGAAAAAACAGGAGGACCAGUGAGUUUUUAGUUUUUUAGGCAUCAUGUUCAGUAGCUCCUCCAUUUCUACUUGCUGUUGUGUUUACGUGGAUCUCCAUGGAAAUGCGCGCCCAAAGUGUAAUUACAGUGCGUGGACCAAUAGCUAUUUUAUUAAACGUGAGGAGAUGAAACUCAAAGAUGUGUGUGCGGAUGGGACUAAAAUUACUGGAGGAUCACAAAGUUCAGAGAAAAACAGUAGAUAAUUCAGACUGUAUUUUUUUAUUCUGAGGAUGUCUAAGAAAAACGCAUACAUGGUCGUUCCGGACGGGAAUAAAAUAACAAAAGACCCCCUGAGAAACUAAUCCUGUCCGGAUAGGGCUUAUGACCGAGCAGCUCCAUCCAAACCUCACAUAACCAAAUGCAAUGCAGGCCAGCACAGGAUACUUUUGGCAAUAUAGUGUAUGCCCAAAUAGAACAGGGUGGUUUUUAAAGAAGAAAUUGUUUUAUUUAGUUUGGGGUAGGGGGGCAUAAGGAUAAUUUUACUAUAAGCUUUAAACACACCUAAACACAAUCAGACCAAUACAUUUUUGAGGUUAUUAUUUUUUAAAUAUUAUUUUAGAAGCUACUAAAAUUGAAAUGGUGUAAUAAAGGGAAGAGAGGUACUUCAGCUGAGCUAAAAUUUCCAUUCCUGUGAAACCGACUAGUAUUCAAUGCAAUAGACGACUGGUUUACUGUUAACAUUGCUGUGCACUGAGGAGCCGGUGCUGCCCUGCGCGGUGGCUUCCAUGUUAAUCCCUCUGAUUGGGCGAUUCAUAUAGGAUGCGCUCCAAGGUGUGCAACCUACGCUCUCACUGCAGUGCUGUGAUCUGAUAUUACUUUUGUUUUGAGAGUUCAUGUAUUUUCAGUAAUUAACUUAAGACCUGAGUGUUUUUUAUGAGUGUGUGUGUGUGCGCCUGAGUGUGUGUGGAUUUUGGAUAUUCGCAACUAUUAUUAUUUAAAAUUUGCAUAGUUGCUGUCACAGCUAAACAGUACAUUUUGAUAAACCUGAGGUUAGUUCCACCCCAGGCUGCGUUUAUGACAUCGUGCUUAAGAACUUAUCUAUGUUUUAUGUUUUUACUGAUAUUUCAGUAUCCAUGCACAUUGACUUUUCGAUUAUUACUGAUUGGUGGGCUUGUAAUGAUAACUAUUUAAAAGUUUGAACACACCUUAAAUUCAGUGGUUUUUCAUUAUUUUAAAAUGUUCUGCAUUGUAGAUUAAUACUAAAAUCAUCCAAACUAUAACUAUGUUUUAUAUUUUAAAGUAGCACCUCUUGCUUAGAUGACAGUUUUGGCUGGAUUUUCUCAGUCAGCUUUAUGAGGUACAAUCCCUGUGUAAAUUCAGGCUUUCAGUUAACAGCUGUGCUGAACUCAUCAAGAGUUAAUUACUUGAAUUUCUUGUCUCUUAAUAAAGUGUUUGAGAGCAUCAGUUGUAAAGUAGUGAAGAGGUAGAGUUACAGGUAUACAGUGAAUAGUGAAUAUUUGAGUAAUGUUCUCAUCCAUACUAUUAAAAGCAAGAAUUACUUAACUAAGUAAAGAAGGAAGUCAGUCAGAAAAAGAUAAUCAAAAACGUUAUGAUGAAACUGGCUCUCAUCAGUACUGCCCCAAAGAAAAAGAAGAGCAAGAGUUCCCUCAGUUACACAGCCUCAGAAACCGCAAGUUAACAGCUGUUUUGGUUUGUUUAAUACUUUAAGUUACUACAUGAUUCCUUAUGUGUUCCUUUAUAGUCUGGGUGACUCCAGUAUUUAUUUACAAUGUAGGAAAUAAUGCAAAUUAAAAAUACUGAAUGAGAAGGUGUGUUCAAACUUUUGAUUGGUACUGUAUUGUCACUGGAAAUCAUUGCGAUAAACAAUAUUAUUGUCCUCUUAGGACAAUUAAAUGCUACUGGUAAUACAUCAUAAAAAUAGUUGAACAAAGGAAACUGUCAGAGUACAGUAAUAAAGAAGCAAAUGAAGAAAGACAAAAGUUACCAGGAGCAAUAAACAAGUAAAUAUUAAGACAUUUAAUCUCAUAUUUAUUGAGUUACGCAUACAGAAAUAGUAUGUAACGUGUAAUGCAACAUACCAGACGUCUCUGCAUGGAAAAUAUUCUCUCAGAGCUCCUGCAGAUUGUGAAGUAGUGGUGUUGCAAGUGUUAAUAUCUAAUAGCUUCCCACACAUUUUUAAUCAGGGAUUGGUCUAGUGAUAUGGCAGGCCAUGGCAGAGUAUAUGUGUCUUUAGUGCAAGCCAUUGAGAUGACCGCAGUAUGUGGACGAGCAUUGUCCUGUUAGAACUGUGCAACAGAUAUGAACUUAUUAGCAUAAUUUUCCGUUAAAAGUAAAAAAGUUUGCAAAUGGUAGGUUGUUUGGUAAUUCAUACUGCGAAUCAAAAGAUUGCUGCCUAUUUUUAAAAUUAUCGUUAAAUUCUUAUAUGAUCAAACAUGCACAUAAAGUCACUUUCUAAUAAGUUUAUAAAGUAAUUAUUGUCGCAUGUCUACUGAUCAGUAUUUAGAUUUUGUUUGGAACAUCAUAUAAUAACAUCCCAUUCAUUGGAACAUUACCAGGCAGUGUCAUAAACGCAACUGAGGUGGAAACAGCUGCCCAACACCUGUAGCACUUGCAGAAGGUUUUGAUUAUGUGAGAAUGAAUGUUCCAGUAUGAUAUGUAUAUCUAUAAGUGCCCAUGUCUGCAGACCACAUUUAUUAUGUUUUUGUUUGUUUGUUUGUUUGAUUGUCCUUUUUUCAAAGAUGUUCUAUGCAAUUAUAUUUGUCUCAUAUAAAUAUAUAUGUUCUUUUUUUUUUAGCUAGAGCGUCUGUACUUUUUUUUUCUUUGGCCUUCAUUACAGAAAGUUCUUGUUUUAAUAAAAACCUAUAAACAGCA